AUGGACCGGAAGACCACAUGCACUCUGCUAGAGCUUGCUGCAAAGAGUCUGCUGAGUAAUGAGCUGGCAGCUAUCCAUGCCCUGGAUGAGCUCCCAAGAGCCCUCUUUGUUCCACUGUUCAUUCCUGCCUUCGUGGGCAGGCAUAAGGAGAUACUAAAGGCAAUGGUCAGGGUUUGGCCCUUUCGCUGUCUCCAUAUCGGGACACUGAGUGUAUAAGGGUCAGACUAUGACAUCUUGGAAGCCAUGAUUAAUGGUCUGCAGCUCCUCUCUGCCCAGAACUCUUCUUCCUGGGGCCCAAAACUGAGGCUCUUAGAUUUAAGGCAGGACCUGAACUGUUGCAUAAUAUGCUCUGAGAUGAAAACCACAUUUUCUUUCUGCUCUUGGUCUUGUGCUAACUCUCAGAACUCUACUCUUAGAGCACCUAAAGCCCAGCAUAGCAUCAGGUGCCACGGAUUUGAUAAUUCAGAGUCAGAGCUUCACUCAGCCUCGGAAACUGUGGAAUUACUUAUGGACCUCUCCCUCCAUGGAACCUUGAGAACACAGCAAUUUCUUUCCUUUCUUCAGAGUAAACUCAGGCAGAGCUCUGGGUCUUUGCACCUCUGCUGCAGAGAUUUGGUAAUUGAUAACAUCUCUGCCCACAAAAGUAUGCUGCAAUUUCUGGAUCCACGGUGCAUUGAUCACCUGCAGGUUAAUCAGGCUUAUUUGAGGGAAGUCAACUAUAUUGUGGCUCAGACGGCCCACCUGCACAGCCUUCGUCUGCCUAAUAUCAUCUUUACAUAUUUUGUGGAGAAACAGUUCCAAACUUUUCUCAACUGUCUUAGGAAGCUGUACAGCCUCCAAGAACUUGACUUGUCUGCCUUACCAGAUAUUCUUAGAGGCUUACGAGCCCUUCCAGACUCAGCUGCAGAGGGUCUCGGGUACCCUACAGCAUCUGGAAAUAAAUGUCUGUUAAGUGAUUCCACUCUCUCAGCUCUCCUGCCAGCUCUGAGCCACUGUUCGUGCCUCCGUGUCCUUAGCUUUGCCUUCAACCCCAUUACAAUGCCUGUGCUCACAAGCCUUCUGCAUCACCUAACAUCCUUAAGGGAGCUGAAGCAUGUGAUUUAUCCCAUCCCUGUCCAUUGCUAUAGGCAGUGGGAUGUUCGUGAGUUUGGACCAACAGCAGGUGGCUGA